GUCCGCGUAGCGCAGCAGUAAAUGAGCAUUACAGUAUUACUAUUACAGUCACAGUGCGUAGGAUUUCCAGCAUCUGCCUGGCCGUCCGCACCGAUCUAGGCCAAUUUCCUGGUGCGAUUUCUGUCCGCGUGUCCAGAGGUUUCGUUCACAUAAUCGAUGGAAGACAUAUUCCAGUGGUGCCGUGAAGGCAUCGCCAUGCAAGUGCGGGUUUGGCUCGAUGACACUGAACACGACAUGAACCACGGGGACGAUCACGGAUUCAGUCCGUUGCACUGGGCCGCCAAAGARGGCCAUCUGAAGAUCGUCGAGAUGCUGGUGCAGAGGGGCGCCCGCAUAAAUUCUACGAAUCGAGGCGAUGAUACACCUCUGCACUUGGCCGCAGCCCAUGGUCACCAUGAAAUCGUUCAUCUGUUGUURAAAAACCGAGCAGACAUUAAUUUCACAAACGAACACGGUAACACUCCAUUACACUACGCUUGCUUCUGGGGCUAUGAAGCAAUAGCCGAAGAACUUAUUGAAAAUGGUGCAUUAGCUGCUUUGGCUAAUAAAGACGGAGACACUCCGCUAGACAAGGGAAAAGGACCAAUUUUAAAACAUUUAAAAGAUUUAGCCUUGCAAUCUGGACAAGAUCUUACUAAAAUCAAUUUYAAGGAUCAAAGUUGGUUAGGUUUGAAAACGAGAAGCAGUAAAAUAUUCUCACACCCAAAUGUGUUGCCAGUGAUUGGAUGUUGUAACUCCCCUCCUAAUUUGGUGGUUAUUAGUCAGUAUAUGCCUUGGGGCUCGCUCCAUACUUUAUUGCAUGAAGGAGCGAGAGUUACAGUGGACACAGCCUUAGCACUUAGACUCGCAGUAGAUGUUUCUAGGGCUAUGGCGUUUUUGCAUAGUUUAGAAAGGAGUAUACCACAAUUUCAUCUUAAUAGUCAUCAUAUAAUGAUUGACGAGGACCUUACAGCCAGGAUAAAUAUGGCAGAUGCUAAAUUUUCAUUCCAAGAAAAGGCAAGGGUAUAUUAUCCCGGAUGGAUGUCUCCUGAGGCUUUACACAAAAAACGAAUUGAUACUAAUUCAGAAGCAUGCGACAUGUGGAGUUUUUCUAUUCUUCUAUGGGAAUUAGCUACUCGAGAAAUUCCAUUUUCUCACUUAUCGCCAAUGGAAAUAGGGAUGAAGGUGGCUUUGGAGGGUUUAAGAGUGUCUAUUCCAUCUGAUAUUUCRCCACAUCUCACCAAACUUAUUAAAAUAUGUAUGAAUGAGGAUCCAGGCAAGAGGCCAACUUUUGACAUGGUGCUUCCAAUUUUGGAUAAAAUGAAAAGAUAAUAAUAAAAAGUAACAAAAUUCUUCAGUGCUAUAGUGGAAGAAGAAAUCUUAACAAAAUAGGGCACUAACUUAUUCACAAAAGUAUCUAUUUCAAAACCAGUGUAUCUCAAGUGAUUAUU